UGGACUUGUGACACGAUGAAAUUUGCAUAUGACAUAUGAGAAAGGAAAGGGAUAAAACGUCUGGAGGAGAAAGGCCGCCGAUCAGAGAGGACACAGAAUCCUGUUUCUGUUUGCUCCCUCCCAACAUGGAAACUGUGGACAAGGGUGAAUUCUACUUUCCCAAACUUAACAUCUCCUGCAAGAUGACAAGGCGUCCUCACCUGGACACGCUGGUGAUCGACACCGUGCUGUCCGCUGUCAUUGUUCUGACCGUGGUCCUGAACAUGCUGGUCAUCAUCGCCAUCUCCCACUUCAGGCAGCUCCACACCACCACAAACCUCCUCCUGCUCUCUCUGGCGGUGGCUGACUUCUUCGUCGGGCUCCUGCUGAUGCCGCUGCUUCUUCUGGUGGAAAACCACGGCUGCAUAUUUCUGUGCGACCUCAUGUGCACGGUGCAAUGGUUUUCAGGGUUCCUGUUCAUCAGCGUCUCCGUGGGAAGCAUGGUUCUCAUAUCUGUCGACCGUUACGUUGCCAUCUGUGACCCCAUGUUGUACACCACCAGAGUCACUCUGGCCAGGGUUAAACUCUGUGUCUGUCUGUGUUGGAUCUUUUCUGGUAUCCACGGCGGGUGGAUAUUAAGAGAUUCCCUCUUCCAGCCUAACCUUUAUGACCCCUGUGUUGGAGACUGUGUGGUUGUCAUCGCAUCUGCUGAAGGAGCAGUGGAUCUCAUUGUUUCUUUCUUAGCCCCAAUUUUAAUCAUUGCAAUACUGUAUCUGAGAGUAUUCGCGGUAGCUGUAUCUCAGGCUCGGGCCAUGAGAUCUCACAUCGCAUCUGUCACUGUGGGUCGUCCAGAAAAGGUGAAAGUAGAAAAAUCUGAGUUAAAAGCAGCAAGAACUCUGGGUAUUGUAGUGAUGGUGUUUCUUCUCUGCUCGUGUCCAUAUUAUUGUUUUGCCAUUGCAGCUGAGAGUAACCUGGUGGGGUCUUCAUCUGCAGGUGUCGAGCUCUGGUUCCUGUAUCUUAACUCCAGUUUUAACCCCGUCAUCUACGUCUUCUUCUAUCCCUGGUUCAGAAAAGCCAUUAAACACAUUAUUACACUGCAGAUACUGAAGCCUGGCUCUCGUGAAAUCAGUGUGCUGUAG